CAAGUACAGUUGAACGGACGCCUCCUCCUUCUCGAAAUCGGUUAGUUUCUUGUCAUGUAUCCUCUUUUCAUUGCUGCAUUGAUUGAUUUUUAGGAGGCGAUGAAGAAGAAGAGCCAGACUAACGUACAUUUUGACUAUGGAGGGUACUAUUCAGAAGGGAAUGAGUGGAUUUAUAAAAAUUCACUAUACGCUAUAUCGUUUAAGACGGCAUGUUUAGAGAAGAUAACUUAUUCGGUGCUAUUAGAUAAGAUCACUACGAAGGUUGGCCAGAAUGGAGUCCCUGGGAAUCUGAAACUAAGUUACAAUCUAUCUAAAGCUCGGAGAGAGACAUAUAUUGUAGAUGAUGAGGACGUAUACAUUUUUUUAACAGAAUGUGAUGAAGAGGGUCGUAUUCCAGUUUUGCAUGUGGAGGUAUUAAGUGACAAUAACCAGAGGGUGGAAAUGUUAGUACCGGAGCGUCGAAGUUCAGUUGGUGUGAAUUAUGUAGAGCUAGUGAAUGUGAAUGAAGUUUUGGAGAAUGAUGGGAAUGAAGUUUUGGAGAAUGAUGUGAAUGAAGUUUUGGAGAAUGAUGUGAAUGAAGUUUUGGAGAAUGAUGGGAAUGAAGAUAUGGUGAAUGAAGUGUGUCAGAAUGUGACAAGUAUGGAAGUUGUGGCUGUGGAAUGGUCGAUGGAUAACCAUUUGGAUGAAGAUGUGGAUGGUAUGUGUGAUUUUGAUGAUAUUCCAGCUAUUCCAAAUCAUGUAAAAGGUACUCCGAAGAAUAUAGAAUGGGAAGAUGGUACGGGUAUAGAACUUUAUCAAGAAUUUUGUUCUAAGGAGGCACUGUGGGAAUUGGUAAACAAAGCUGCAAAACAAGAAGUUUAUGGGGUUUUAACAGUUAAGUCUGACCCGUUGAGACUUAUGUUACGAUGCAAACAAUAUUCUCAAGGGUGUAAAUGGUAUUUACGAGUUGCGAGAACAAAGCAAUCAGAUUAUUGGAGUGUUAGAGUGCAUAGAAAGAUCCAUACAUGCUCGCGGUCUGUUGAGUCUACAAGCAAUAGUGUACAGAGAGGAACACCACGAUUAAUAGCAGCUGUUUUGCAUGCUGACUUUCCAGUUCCUGAUUUGGUGUUUAUUAGUGACAGACAUCAAAGCAUCAAGAAGGCUGUCAUGACGGUGUACUCGAAUGCGCAUCAUGUAAACUGUAUAUGGCAUUUGUCUCAAAAUCUAAGACUCCGUGCGAAGACUGAUAAGGAUGGAGUGCGAAGAAGUUCUUGGAAUAAAGCCAUAGGGAGAGAGCAGUGGUCUAGGUACCAUUUCCAAGAAGACAAGUACAACAUAGACACUAGCAAUUCUGCGGAGUCAAUGAACGCUACGAAAGAUUCAGGUAAUGCAUCGAGCACAUCACAGGUUGUGCCUUUUGUAGAGAAUAUCUUGCAUGCUCGAUGUCCAGUUGCUGGGAAGUUAAAAGUUGUUGAGCUUAACAGUUAUAGACAAGAAUACAACGUCAUUGAUGGGAUGUCGGUAAGCUUUUUGGUGGAUUUGAAAAUGAAAACUUGUUCUUGCAAGACAUUUGAUAUAGACAAGUACCCGUGUGUCCAUGCCAUUGCCGCAGCAAGGACGUUGUUUGUAGUGCCACAUGAGUCAGAAUGGAAUAUUCCCGAGUCAGUUGAAGAGUUGGAGGCUGAGCCGCCAGAAUACAUUCCAAAAAAAGGACGAAAUCAAGAUAAACGGUUUCCAUCUGUUGGAGAAAAACGGAGAAAGAAUAUGCCUUAUAGUUACUCCCAACCCUCCACAUCCGUAGCAAGUAUCAACAGUGGAGAAUGUAAUGCGGAUGCCAAUUAUGGUGUUCCCGAGAGGUGUUUCUGUGGUGAGAUGGUCAAACUUGAGCGAUGUCUAACAGGACAGCGCCAAGGAGAGCGCGUAUACAGAUGCCCAUUCCUUAAGGAUGGAGACGAAUUAAGGAUAAUCGAGAUCACCUAGUUCAGUGGUGGGAUUGGGCGGUAACUAAGGAACUGUCCAAGAUACACCACCUAUUUGACAUACAUAAAGAUGACGUGUUAACCUCCCUUGAAUAUGGGAGGGGUGGAAAUCCUGCUUUGGAGUCGAUCCGGGAAACUCUUCGUCUUAUGCGUGAAGAAAUUGAUGACCUUAAA